UUUAGCACAGACCUAUGUCAGAGUGGGGUUAAUGUGUCCCAGCUCCUAAAAGGAGAUAAAGCUAAAGAUAGACGCUCCUACAAAGAGACAUGAAAGAUUAGUGGUGAUUAAAGGUUCGCUGGUCUGCAUGGUAGCUUGUGGUCAGGUAGUGAGAGUGGAUCAGAACAAACCUAGAUAAAGACGACGACCAAGCUGCUGGAAUACAUUCGGGAAUAUUUUUUUAUUCCAUCCAGCAUUGGAGAACGACUGUUAGACUUUAUUUAUUGUCUGUGUAAGUAUAUGUUCUGUAGCUUUAAAACAGCUGACCGGUUAAAGUAUUUUAGAAUGUAAACAAUUCAUCUGAAUUCAUGUGAUAAAGCUACCAUAAAGUAGGAAACUAUAAAGAGUAGCCUUUUUAAAAAAAAAAAAAACCUCACAUAGCUCCUUCGGGCUCCUCCUAAUGCAGUUCGCUUGUCUCUAAUUUCUUUAUUUGAUCGGCUGAAGUCUUUAUGUAAGUUUAAAAAAGUUCUUGCUCUUGCUCUUCUGCUGACCACAUUCUCAGAUUUGUCUUUUGCACAAAUUGCAUAGUGUAAAGAGUAAAGAGUGUAAGGGCUCGAUGCUCAGAGCUCAGAUGGACAGCUCAUGCCAGGCCCUGUGUCGCUCGCUGGUGAGCCAAAACGAAAACAUCGACAUCUCACAGUCGGUGCUCUACACAUCCCUCAUGGGCUUGUUGCUGGUGGCUGACAAAGAGAGAGAGCUAACGCUGGGUAAUGGACAAGUUGGUCUGUAUAACACCGGGAACACGUGUUUCCUGAAUGCCAUUGUACAGUGUCUCUCACACACUCAGGGUCUUAGAGACUACUGUCUGAAUAAAACCUACCUCCAGAACACAUGCUCCAGUCGAGUGCCGGAGUUGAUGAACGAAUUCACCAAAGUUUUGGAAGGGCUGUGGUGCACAGACGAGGGAAAAAGGUCGGUCAAUCCUGAUCGCUUCUACCGUGUCUUUAAAGAGGCUUUGCCUUACUUCAGUGGAUACAGUCAACAGGAUGCUCACGAGUUCCUGCGAUUCCUUCUGGACCGGUUACAUACAGAAAUCAACCGCCGACACCCACACCACACCGCCGCUACACCUGAGCCCAGCUACACCCGAUUAAGGAUUUCAGAAGAAGCAGCUGCUAUGUGGAAGAGAUAUGUGGACAAGGAUGACAGUAUAAUUGUAGAUUUGUUCUCAGGACAGUUGCGUAGCUCUCUGCACUGCUCCGUCUGCUCACACUUCUCCAACACCUUCGAUGUGUUCUGUGAUCUGUCGCUUCCUAUCCCAAAGACGAGUGACUCCAGAACAGGUGUGACUCUUGGGGAAUGUUUGGAUCUGUUUUCACACGAGGAAAAACUCAGCAAAGAAAAUUCGCCUAUGUGUGAGACGUGUAAUCGCUGCACAGAGACCACAAAAAGUCUAACCAUCCAGAGAUUCCCUAAAAUCCUGGUGAUACACUUAAAACGCUUUACAGCAUUAAGGUAUUCAAUCCGGAAAAGUACAGUUCCUGUGUCUUUCCCUCUCACGGAUCUGGACUUGGGGCCGUUCGGUCCGAGUGACUGUGGCGCAGUGCUGUAUGAUUUAUACGCUCUAUGUGACCACACUGGCACCGUGAGCAUGGGUCACUACACAGCUGUCUGUCAGGACCAGGACGGCUGGUGCUGCUAUAACGACUCGUGUGUUACCCAAAUAUCUGCGGAUCAGCUUCAGUCCAAUCAGGCCUAUCUUCUCUUCUACAGACUUAAAAACAACACGGCCUCCAGGAAAUGAGUCUCUCUCAGACUUUAGGACAAGACUAGCAGCUAAUUCCACUCCUAAAGGAAUGAAGUUCAGAGCAUUCAGUGGAAACAUGGAUUCAUGGAAACUUUCUGAUUAAACCACCAGAAAAACUGUUUCUUAUAUUCAUUGUACUUUGUGUGUGUUUUUGUAGUUAUAAACAUGUUUCUUUAAACAUUUUCUACUAGGCCAAUGACAUUGUUUU